AUGUCACGAGAUAUGAUGGUAGAUCCAUUACUUUCUGAAAAAGAACCACAAUACCAAACUCAAGUGAGUGGAUAUAUCAUUACUGUUCCUAAUGAAACUACACAAAUUCGAAAAUUCCUUGCAUCAAAUCAACGAAUAAAUCAAUUCUUAUUUCAGCAUAGUACAUUUAGGGUUGAAUUAGCCCCAUUUGCAAAAGGAGGAGAACGUCUUGCUUUUCGUGCAAUAAAUGGACGUGGAGACAGAAUUGUUCUUAAACGAUUUUUCCAACAAAGACCGCUUACAAUGUUAUUAGAAACAAUUGAACGACAAUUAAUUUGUAUUUAUUUAGCAAAUAUAUUCAAUAAAUUAAACGUGUCACCAAAUAAACUUCAUUUCCUUCCAAAUUAUUUAUUUAUUCCAAGUCCAACAAAAGAUUUAGAUGGUAAAAUUUUAACUCUUGAACAAACUGAACAAGCCGUUGCUGCUACAUGUAGAACACCUAAUUUUGUAGAACCUUAUCUUAGUGGGUAUUUUAUCAAAUAUAUUGACAACAAUGGAUGGAUUAAUGAAUCUGAAUUUCAUUCGACAUUACACGCAUUUGCCCAUUGGACAUGGGUUCAUACAAAAGGGGCAUUAUUGAUAUGUGAUAUUCAAGGUGUUAACGCCAAUAAUAAAUUUUAUCUUACUGAUCCAGCAUUACAUCAUAUAGAUCAAAAUAAGUUUAUAUAUUCAGAAACAAAUCUUGGUGAAGUAGGAAUUUCUCAAUUUUUUAGAACUCAUCAAUGUAAUGCAAUUUGUCAAGGAUUACAUUUACCAAAACAUAAAGAACAAGUAUUGCCAGACACUACAAAAGGUACUACAAUUAACCCCAAUGUUGAUGCACGAAUAAAACAAUUUUAUCAACAUUCUCAUCAACAAAAUACUCCAAUUCCACCUUCAAAACCAUCAAAUUUAUUAUUAUUAAUUAAUAAAUUAUUAUUUGCUCCAACGAUUGGUAAAUGCGUUGCUUUAUUUCCAUUUACUGCAAGUUCUGAAAGAGAAAUGUCUCUUAGAGUUGAUGAUGUAAUAGAAAUAUUAUAUAAAUCGGAUGGUUGGUGGAUUGGUAAAAAAGGAGGUGUUCCAGGAAUUUUUCCAUCUAAUUUUGUUCAAGAAUUAUUAGAAAAAUUUUUGUUUGUAGCAAUUGAAGAUUUUUCUGGAACAAAAGGAAUGUUAUCUCUAAUAAAAGGAGAUCGUAUUUAUCUUCUUGCAAAAUCUGGUAAUUUGUAUAAAGCAGUAAAAGGACCUCAUGUUGGAUUUAUUCCAAAAACAAUCUGUGCAAAAGUACAAACUGUUACAAUGUAA